GGGUCUGGCGGACCGCGGGGGCGCGCGAAGACCACGAGGCGACCGGGAGCGGCUGGGUCCCCGGCGGCGUGCCCCUAGACCGGGCCAAGAGCCCAGUCGGUGCACCCAGCCGAGCGCGGUCCGCCUCCCUCCCAGAAAUCAGCCGUCCGGAGCGUGACCAGAGGGCAUGCCGGAUCCACCAGAGGCGCCGCCGCCUGCGCUGGCAGGCCGCGGGUGAAAAAGAAAGCACGGCCUCACUCGGCCCGGAGCGAAGAGGUGACCCGGAGCGAAGAGGUGGCCCGGAGCGAAGAAAUGGCGGCAGCCGGGCUCAGCGUGACCGUCACCCACAGCAAUGAGAAGCAUGAUCUUCAAGUUACCCCACAAGAAGGCAAUAGUGAGCCAAUUGUCCAAGAUCUGGCCCAGGUUGUUGAAGAGGCUACAGGGGUUCCGCUGCCCUUUCAGAAACUCAUAUUUAAAGGAAAAUCUCUGAAGGAAAUGGAGAUGCCAUUGUCAGCACUUGGAAUACAAAAUGGUUGCCGGGUUAUGUUAACUGGGAAAAAGAACAGUCCGGAGGAAGAAGCUGAGCUAAAGAAGCUGAAAGAUUUGGAGAAAUCUGUGGAGAAGAUAGCUGACCAGCUGGAAGAACUGAAUAAAGUCCUUGCUGGAAUCCAGCAGGGUUUUCUGGCCAAGGAUUUGCAAGCAGAAACUCUCUGCAAACUCGAUAGGAGAGUAAAAGCCACGAUCGAGCAGUUUAUGAAGAUCUUGGAGGAGAUUGACACACUAAUUCUGCCAGAAAAUUUCAAAGACAGUAGAAUGAAAAGGAAAGGUUUGGUGUAAAGGAUUCAGGCCUUCCUAGCUGAGUGUGACACAGUGGAGCAGAACAUCUGCCAGGAGACGGAGCGACUGCAGUCCACGAACUUGGCCCUCGCUGACUCAGGUGAGGCAGAGAAGGCCGUGCUGCAGUGAAGAACAGCCCCACCAGCUCUGCCAUCUCUGGAGCAGAAGUUACCCGCCUUUCCCAGAGCUGCUGGGGGCAACUGGCCCAUUACCUUUUCCUUCUCUCACACCUGCUCUCAAUGAACAAGUAUCGUACAUACAGUCUUUAGCCUCCUGUCAGCUUCUUGUUCUGUCUCUGUGGAUCUGUGCUGUCUAGCAGCCCACCUUGUCUGGAGAGUGCCCCCUUACCAAGUCUUCCCAGCU